AUGGUUGAGGAAUUAAAAGAUGUUGAAGGGGUAUCACCUCAUGUCAAACUAGAGGAACACGGGAAAACAUCAGAAGCUGUCGGUAAUAAGGACGUAAUGUUGGGAAGGGUAAAGGAAGAUGCAAUAUCGGAGGUAAGUUUGGAGGAAGUGAGUGCCAAUCAGGUUAGUGAGGAGGAUGGUAAUGGCAAGGAGGUUAGUGAAGAGGAGAAUGUGGAGACUACAGAGGCGGUUUUGCAGAAGGAGGAGCAGGAGCAGAAGCAGGAGGAGCAGCUUGAGUUUGAAGUGUCUCCGGCUGAUGAGAGUCUUCCGGCUGCUACAGAGGAGGUGGCAGUUUCUGAACUGCAUAUAAACAGUAAAGGAACAAAAAAUCAGAAUCACCAUAGGAGUUAUUCUGUUAUGUCUUUGGGCCCUUCGGAUAUUAAGUCAACGAUUCAGUAUGUAAAGGCUGUUUUAGAGGGGUUACACAAGAUGAAGUUGAUGCAGAAACAUCCAUCUUGUGACAAAUUAGUGGAAAAGACGAUUAAGAAACUAGAGGACACUUUGGUACAGUCUAAUGGUAACCCACAAUUUUUAGAUUCAUUGGUUGUAUUCGAAGCGUUACGUGCAUGUUGUAGGACAAAGGUUCCAGAGAUCCAAAUCAGUGCUUUGGAUUGUUUGUCGAAGUUGUUUUCAUUUAAAGCACUUGAUGAGACUGUGCUUGUUAACCCUCCAGACUCCACAGCAUCUAAUGAUCAAACUAACGUUACAAAUAAUAAUGGCAUUACACCACCUCCAAGGAUGAAGUUAGUCGAUGCUGCUAUGGAUACCAUUGUCGACUGUUUUGAUGGAGAGGCGACGGAUAGCAAGGUUGAGCUGCAGGUGGUUCGUGCAUUGGCCAGUUGUAUUCUUACUGAUGAUCCAGCUAGCAACUGCCAUGGCGCAUCAUUGUUGAAGGCAGUGAGGCAGAUAUACAACAUUUUCAUAUUGUCCUUGAGCUCAUCGAAUCAGGGCAUUGCUCAAGCUACCCUAACCCAAAUCGUGAAUACCAUAUUUGAUAGAAUUAAAGUUGUAUCACCAAAUCCACGCUCUGCAUCACGAAACAGCUUGAAAAAGGAUCAAUCUGAGGCCCCAACACCAACUUUGGAGCAAACCCAACAACCGUUAACAUUACAAAAUUUUGAAACUUUAAACGAGGAAGAAGUUAUGCAGAUUGAUGAUAAUGAUAAUGACAAUAGCACCGACCAGGAGACUUCUGCAGCUAGUGAACAAAGUUUGAUAGUCAAGGAUGCAUUCUUGGUUUUUAGAGUGAUGGCAAAAUUGUCUAUCAAGCCAUUAGGAGAUAAUAUGGAUAUGAGAUCAUAUGGGGUGAGAUCAAAACUUUUAUCUCUCCAUAUUAUCCAUUCUAUUAUCAGAGAUCAUAUUGAUGUAUUUUUGUCACAUUCUAUAACAAUAUCGGGAAAAUCUCAAACUUCCUUUGUGGAUAGCAUCAAACAGUAUUUAUGUCUGGCAUUGGCCAGAAAUGCUGCAUCUCCAAUAUCUCCAGUCUUUGAGGUUACAUUAGAUAUUAUGUGGUUAUUGAUAUCAAAUUUGAGGUCAGCAUUUAGAAGAGAAAUACCUGUAUUUUUGACGGAAAUCUAUUUCCCCAUUUCGGAUUUGAAAACUUCCACUUCACAUCAGAAAAGGUACUUCUUGAGCAUAAUCCAGCGUUUAUGCAACGAUCCAAGAACUUUGAUAGAGUUUUAUUUGAAUUAUGACUGCGCAAGUAAUAUGCCAAAUGUCAUGGAAAGUAUUGUGGACUAUCUAACUCGGUUAGCCCUUACAAGGGUUGAUAUAACCCCAUCCCAAAGGGCGUACUAUGAUGAGCAAUUAUCUAAGCCUUUGGCAACCUACAAUUUGUCUCAACUACCAUUGUUGUCGAUAUCAAACAUCGUUUCAUCCUAUCCGGCCAACCAACCACUAUUGUUUCCAGUUGAAUUUGCACUCAAGAUGACAUCCUUAAAUUGUAUGGUGGCGGUCCUUAGAUCCUUGAGCUCUUGGGCUCACAAGGCGUUAGGGCCUGCUACUACACUAAAAACAAACAAUAGGGUAUCGGUAGAUUCAGCUUUUGUCGACGGCAAACGGUCUUCGACUUUUAGUUCGCUGAGUUGCAUCAAUAAUAAUAGUGCCAAUAAUAUUGCCAAUGGGGAUGACGAAAGUCUUCACCAGUCUGAAGCAAGUGAAGAAGUUGAUGAUCCAACUCAAUUUGAGAACUUAAAGUUGAGGAAAACAGAGUUACAGCGAUGUAUUUUGCUGUUUAACUUUAAACCCAAAAAAGGUAUGGAAGAACUACUUCAGAAGGGGUUCAUAAAAGAUAAAUCACCACAGGUAAUCUCAAAAUGGUUACUAAAUACGUCAGGUUUGGACCUUGCUGCUGUUGGUGAUUACUUGGGUGAAGGAUCAGAUGAGAAUAUUGAAAUUCUUCAUGCAUUUGUCGAUGCAUUGGAUUUUAAUGGUCUUACGUUGGUAGAUGCUUUAAGACUCUUCUUACAAAAGUUUAGGCUACCAGGUGAAGGUCAAAAAAUUGAUAGGUUCAUGUUAAAAUUUGCUGAAAGAUAUGUUGAUCAAAAUCCCAGUAAGUUUACAUCUCUGACUGCCUAUACUCUAUCAUAUUCUAUUAUAAUGUUGAACACUGAUCUGCAUUCAACUCGAAUUAAGAACAAGAUGACUUUAGAGGAAUUCAUCAAUAACAAUCGUGGAAUAGACAAUGGAAAAGAUUUACCUAGAGAGUUUAUGAUCGAGGUGUUUAAUGAAAUUGCUGCAAAUGAGAUCAAGUUACAAUCAGAACAGCAUCAGGCUAUGCUAGCUGGGGAUAUAAAUCCUGUGCAGCAACAGUCUGCAUUUGCCUUCUUCAGUGGAAAGGAUUUAGAGCGCGAGGCAUAUAUGCAAGUUUCCAAAGAAAUUUCAUCGAAGACUGAACUUGUAUUCAAAAAUUGGGAUAAAAGCAAACCCGAUCACAAAGUCUAUUAUGCUGCUUCCCAUUUUGAACAUGUGAGGUCAAUAUUUGAAACACUGUGGAUGUCCUUUUUGGCUGCACUAACUCCACCAUUCAGGGAUUAUAAUGAUUUAGAAACUACCAACAUUUGUCUAGAGGGUUUAAAAAUCUCUAUAAAAAUUGCUGCUAGCUUUGGUAUUGAUUAUGCAAGAACAUCAUUUAUAGGAGCCUUGAUUCAAUUUGCAAAUUUACAAAAUGUUCAAGAACUUCAACCAAAGAAUGUUAAUGCUAUCAUUGUUUUGUUGGAAGUCGCGAUUUCGGAAGGUAACUUUUUUAGGGAGUCAUGGAAAGAUGUUUUGAUAAUUGCAUCUCAAGUUGAAAGAUUGCAAUUGAUUUCAAAAGGUGUAGACGGCGAAUCUGUUCCAGACGUCACACAAGCAAGGUUAGCCAAUCACAGAAGUUCUUUUGAUUCCACUAGAUCUACUUCCAUGUCAUUUUUUGAAAGAUGGACCAAGAAGUCUACCCCAAUCGAAAUCGCUCAAGAAAAGCAUCAUAAUCAGACUCUAUCUCCUGAAAUAUACAAAUAUAUUUCUUCUAGUAAAUUAGUUGUCCUAAUUGAUCGAAUAUUUACAAAUAGUGCAAAAUUAUCAGCACAAGGAAUACUAGAUUUCAUUAAGGCGUUGAUCCAGGUAUCUAGAGAGGAAAUCGAAUCUUCUCAAGAUGCAGCUACGCCCAGGAUGUUUUCUUUACAGAAGAUGGUUGAUGUUUGUUACUAUAACAUGGACCGUAUUAGGCUAGAAUGGUCACCACUUUGGGCUGUUAUGGGCGAAGCGUUUAAUUGGACGGCUACAAAUUCUAACUUAGCAGUCGUAUUUUUUGCAAUUGAUUCGUUGCGUCAACUAUCCAUACGGUUCUUGGACAUAGAAGAGUUGCCUGGUUUCGAGUUUCAACAUGAUUUUCUAAAGCCAUUCCAGCAUAUCGUUGCAAAUACAACAAAUACCGAUGUUCAAGAAAUGUGUAUGGAGUGCUUCCACAUUUUCAUUUUGACAAAAUGUGAUAAAAUUAGGUCUGGCUGGAAACCAAUACUGGAAUCGUUACAGUACUGUGCGAAAUCAUCGAAGGAGAGUGUUGUAAUGAAGACUUAUCAGUUGGUUACUGUAGAUAUCAUGAAGGACCAUUUUGAGAGUGUAUUUGUACAGGAAGAUGCGUUUGCUGAAUUGGUUGGAGUCUUACGUGAAAUCACCAAAAACAAAAAGUUCCAAAAGCUAUCUCUUCACGCAUUAAAAUCUAUGAAGAAAGUCUACCAGCAGGUGGCAGUUAUCUGCUUCAAAAAGAAUUCUGCUCACUUAUUGCACACUAAGGACAUGUUUGAAGAUAUUUGGUUUCCAGUGUUAUACUCGUUCAACGACACUAUUAUGACUGCAGAAGAUCUUGAAGUAAGAUCCCGUGCAUUGAACUUUAUGUUUGACGCUUUGGUAGAGUAUGGUGGCGACUUCGGUGAAGCGUUCUGGAUGCAGAUUUGCAAUAGACUAUUGUUCCCUAUUUUUGGCGUAUUGUCAAGACACUGGGAAGUUAAUCAAUUCAAUAGCCAUGACGACUUAAGCGUAUGGUUAUCCACUACAUUGAUUCAAGCCUUGAGGAAUAUGGUCGCUUUAUUCACGCACUACUUUGAGUCCUUGAAUCAAAUGGUAGGUGGGUUUUUAGACUUACUUGUUUCUUGUAUUUGCCAGGAGAAUGACACUAUUGCCAGAAUCGGAAGAUCAUGUUUACAACAACUGAUACUUCAAAACAUGACCAAGUUCAAGGAAAAUCAUUGGGAGAAAAUAACUGGUUCAUUUUCAAAACUUUUCGAAUUAACAACAGCAACAGAGUUAUUUGAUUACGACCCAUUAAAGCGUGGUAGACAAGCGUCCACUGACGGUCCAGACACUACGGUAUCUCCAGAUAUAGACAAAGAAGUCGAAAGAGCGCAGAGGGAAGAAAACAGUGUCGAUGUUGGCAAUGAUACUACAGACGUCGAAAAAUCCGUAAAACGUCUUGUCCGCACCAAAAGCAGUGAAGACAUUCGCCACCGUAUCAGCGUUAAAAAUGCAAUUGUCGUUAAAUGCGUUCUCCAAUUACUCAUGAUCGAAUCAUUAAGCGAGCUCUUUUCAGAUGAAAAAUUUAUAAACUCCAUCCCUCUCCCUCAAGCAAUACAACUAACUAAUCUACUUGAAACUUCUUACGAAUUCGCCAGAGAUUUUAACGAUGAUUUCGACCUCAGAAAUAGACUCGUCAAUUCCCGUAUCGUCGAUAAAAUCCCAAAUCUAAUGAAACAGGAAACCAGCUCCGCAGCUGUCCUAAUAGACAUCCUCUUCAAACUUUACUUAAACGAUGAGUCCGCAUCUACUGAAACGAAAGAAAAUCUCCUGAAACGUCUCCUCUCUAAUUGUACCCAGAUCAUCUCCAGAUACAUUGCUCUUGAUGAAGGAACCAUGGAGCGUACCAUCUCCACUUGGCGUCCUGUCAUCGUAGAGAUCUUACUAGGCUACUAUGAGUUCGAUGACGAUGACUUCAAGAAAAAUUCACUUGCCGUGUACAAUCUCGUGCUACAAAUAUUAGAUAAGCCUUGCCCUACUGAACUGAGAAACGCAAUCAGAAUAUUUCUCUCCAGAAUAGGUGAACUAUACCUAUCUAUAGACUAA